AUGGCAUUUUUAUGUCCCGUACGAAUCGGAAGAUCGAAGAAAAAAAAGACAGAUUUAAACAAAGAUGUCGUCAGGGGACCUGGAAUGGGAAGAAUCACUGGUAGUGCUUCAAUAGAAACAUUAGUCAGAGUUGGCAUUGAAAAAGAAAAUGGUUUUUCUCCAGACAGUAAAAUGGUCAUUUUACACGAUUUUACACCAUGUGUCGAUGAUGAAUUAGAAGUUAAAAGAGGUCAAAUUGUUAAUAUAUUAUAUAGAGAAAAUGACUGGGUAUAUGUUAUAGCACAAGACAGUAGGCAAGAAGGUUUCAUUCCUCAUAGCUAUUGUACUCCAUUUAAUUCUUAUCAUCAUGUUAUGGAAAUGAAAAAAAAACUUCCACACGAACCAGAUUCCGAUGGAGAAGAAUAUGGUCAAUUAGGAGGUUGCAACAAUAAUAAUUCGAUAAAUAACAGUAACAAUAAUAACAAUAGUAACAGUAAUGGAAAUAAUAAUAAUAAUAAUAGUAAUAUUAAUAAUAACAACAGCAGCAGCGGUGGCAACUGUAACUCUAACAGCAAUAUAAAUAACAACAGCGUUGUAUUAAAUAACGGGAGCAGUAGUAAUAUUGUAAAUAAUAGUAGUAGUAGUAAUAAUAAUAAUAAUAAUAAUAACAACAGUAAUAAUAAUAGCAAUGGUAAUAACAAUAAUGCGAAUGGAAGUAACAGCAAUCAUGGUAGCAGCAACACACUUAAUAAAAAUUCGACAAUAGUUCAAAUGAAUUUAACAAGUUCUCAAGCAUCCUUACAUAGCGCCGGAUCAUCUUCUCAACCGGAAAUUCAUCCAUUUUGUAAGGAUCCCUCGGGUCGUUACAUCGUUCUGUACACGUUUAUAGCACGUGAUGAAAACGAUGUAUCCGUUGAAAGGGGAGAAUUCGUUACUGUACUUAAUAGAGAAGAUCCCGACUGGUUUUGGAUAGUUAGGUCAGAUGGUCAAGAAGGAUUCGUACCUAGCGGUUUCGUUUAUCCCGCUGACGUCAUACAAGAAAAUUCAAAUGCGAAUAAUAAUAAUAAUAAUAAUAACAAUGCCGGUGCAAGCGCCGCUCAAGUCAAUUAUACAAAUGGGAAUUACAUUGGUCAUCAAACAACAACAACAACAACAACGGAAGAUUUAAAAUAUCACGGUACCGAAUUGGUUAUGCUUUACGAUUAUAAGGCUCAGGCACCAGAUGAUCUUUCCGUGAGACGAGGCGAUUGGAUUUAUGCUGAUAUGAACAAUCAAACGGUUGACGGAUGGUUGUGGGCCUAUGCUCCGAAAACUAGAAAAUACGGUUUCAUACCUAAAGCCUAUGCUAGACCUCCAGCGAUGACGUCAUUAUAA